GUCGGUGCCGGGCGGGUCGGUGAGUCGGGUCGGUCGGUCGGUGCCGGUCGGUCGGGUCGGUGGGUCGGGCCGGGGCGGCGCCGGGCGGGGCGGUCCGUGAAGGAGGAAGCGCAGCCGGAGGCAGAGCGGCCCCGCAGCCGCCCGAGCCGCGCGUCGGAGGUGGGAAAUGCCAACUGCUCACAUGUGCUGACGACAAGCAGGGAGAUGGAUCGUGGCAUCAGCCUGGAGAACCCCUACGCCAGCGUCAACAUCCCACGGGACCAGUUCCAGCAAAGCUUCAUCACUCAAUACUUGAAGGAUGAACCCACUGUCAUCGCCAACCCUGCAGUCGUGCCCACCUACAGCGUGGAGGAGCAGGUGGACCCCACUGGCUGCUGGAACAGCCCAACCAUUUCCACAGAGAAGUCCCGGUCCCAUCCCUACAACCCCUAUGCCAGCAUGAGGAUGCCCAACGGGGAAUCACCCAACUCCUUCUACACCGUCACCCUGGACAAGUCACCCAAGGGCCAGGAGAGGGAGGCCGGUGGGGAAUGCAGCUGCUGCAAGCGCUGCCCCUGCUGCAGAAAGUGCUGCUGUGUUGUCUCCUAAGUGUGCCCUCGCUGCACCCACGGAAUGUGCUGACCAUGGGAUGGGGCCAGGUGGUCCCGCAGGGAUGGGGCUGCCCUGCCUGGGCACCUCGGGGAGCUGCUUCAGUGCCCGGCAGAGCUGGAAGCUGGGAGGGGGCACCAGAUGGACUCUGCCAUUGGUUUUCACCCGUGAACUCUGCAGCCAGAUACGCCAGUGAUGGGCACCUGCCAGGUCCUGAGAGCCCAGUGUGGCGUGUGGGGGAGAAGGACAGGUCCCCUCUGCCCCACUGAAGCCCGGGAGCCUUGGGGAUGAUAUGUGCCAAUGCACCAAGAAGUGCCUAUGCUGGGAAUGCGACAGCGUGUUGAGCCUGUGAUCCCACGCGCUGACCUUGGCAGUCCACCCUUGCUGGGAAGCCUCCAGCUCUUGGGGAAGGAGCAGGGAUUGACCGUGUGCUGGAGGGUAGGUUCGGAUGAGGCAGCCCUGUGUGUGUGGCAGAGGAGGACAUCGCCAUCGCUGUCUUGGAGCGGCAGAGAGGAGCCAGGGACAUGCCCCCAGCCAAGGUGGGGACCCCCCUCCCCAGAACCUAGUGGUAACCCCCAAGCGGCAUCAUGGGGAUCCUGCAGCACCCUGCCCGAGCUCCUCCUCUCCACGCUGCCUGUGGGACGGAGGGAAGGAGAGAGGAAGGACAGACAGACAAAGCAUGGCAGAGUGCCAGGGAGUGCUCCCUAGCAGCACCUGAUGGCACAGCAUGGGUGCGGGUGUUAACGUCCCUGUGCCAGGAAAACCCUGGCCCCAUUUGGUUCCUCCUGCUCAUGGGGUGCUGGGCACAACCCCUCGCCCCACCUGCGUCCCGGCUCGGGGCUUCACGCUGCAUUAUGGCCGGGUCCAGUGCCAAGGGCUGUCCCAGCGCCAGCAGCGGGGUAGAACUGGGGCACCCCGUUUGGGAUGCAGAUCCCCAUCGUUUGCCUUCUGCGACCCCCUGGCCAUGGAGGAAGGCGAGCGAGGAGCCCGCUGGGGUGGCUCUGGGCUGGGUUUUUGGCUGGGGCUGGCGCCGCCGACCUGGAACAAGCCCGCUGUUGUGCUGGCGUCCCACGGGCGGCCGUGCUGCCAGGCGGCGGCUGCGUAAGCGCCGCGGCUGCUGCAGGAACUGCCUGGUCUGCAGGGGCAGGGGCUUGGAAAGAGCGCGUGUGUUAGCGGAUGACUUCAGGGUGCUGCAAAUAAAAUUACAGCCA